UCAAACUCACCAUCCUCUCAAAAUGAUAACUGCAGAUGAUUUUUACAAGGUCAUGUGCGCCAUGGUGCCUUUAUACUUCGCAAUGCUGGUGGCUUAUGGCUCCGUCAAGUGGUGGCGAAUCUUCACGCCCGACCAGUGCUCCGGCAUCAACCGGUUCGUCGCCGUUUUCGCUGUUCCCGUUUUGUCCUUCCACUUCAUCGCUCAAAACAACCCUUACCAAAUGGACACCAAGUUUAUUUUGGCCGAUACUCUGUCCAAGAUUUUUGUUCUUUUCUUGCUCUCUAUUUGGGCCGUCUUCUUCCAUGGUGGCUUGGAUUGGCUCAUCACUCUUUUCUCGGUCACCACUUUGCCUAACACUCUCGUCAUGGGCAUCCCUUUGCUCAACGCCAUGUACGGCGAGUUCACUCAGAGCCUCAUGGUGCAACUCGUCGUUCUUCAAUGUAUCAUCUGGUAUACACUUUUGCUUUUUCUCUUCGAAUACAGAGCGGCGACUCUUUUAAUCCAAACACAAUUUCCUGGCCCUGCAGCAGCCUCCAUCACCAAGUUCGAGCUCGACAACGACGUCAUCUCCCUCGACGGCCGUGACCCACUUAAAACAGAGUCCGAAACCGACGGAAACGGCCUUAUCCGUGUCCGUAUCCGGCGGUCCACUUCAUCGGCCCCAGACUCAGCUCUAUCAUCGUCCAUAUGUCUCACUCCCAGAGCAUCGAAUCUCUCCAACGCUGAGAUAUUCUCCAUUAACACUCCGGCUCCAUUGCACGACUACCAUUACAACUCAAACAACGAAAUCGUAUUCUGGGGCUCCGCCACGAGUCCGCGGUUGUCGGGGUACGCGUCCUCUGACGCCUACUCGUUGCAGCCCACCCCACGCGCCUCGAACUUCAAUGAAAUGGAUACGAUCACCGUCAUGACAACGAACACUCCUACGUGGGCACGUUCUCCGGUUAACGGGAAAGUCUACCGGCAGCAGUCUCCGGUGGUCCCUGGCGUGAAAAAGAUGUGGGAGUCGCCAGGGAUGUCUCAAGGUGACAGACAGAGCUGCAAAGACGUUGCGGAGAAAGAAAUAAGUUUCAGAGACAAUGCAAAAAUUCCAAUGCCGGAGGAUACAGAAGCCAGAGAAGCAGCAACAGAUCAGAAAAUGCCACAUGCCUUAGUGAUGAUUCGACUCAUUCUUACAGUAGUUGGAAGGAAACUUUCUCGGAAUCCAAACACAUACUCAAGUGUUUUAGGCCUUCUUUGGUCUCUAAUCUCAUUCAAAUGGGAUGUGGGGAUGCCCAGUUUGGUGAAAUAUUCAAUCAAAAUAAUUUCAGAUGCAGGCCUUGGAAUGGCCAUGUUCAGUUUAGGGUUGUUCAUGGCCCUGCAGCCCCGGAUCAUUGCCUGCGGCACCAAAAGGGCAACCGUGGGGAUGGCAAUCCGGUUCAUCUGUGGCCCCAUUGUAAUGACCGCCGCGUCCCUUGUCGUUGGACUGAAAAGUGUUAAGCUCCACGCUGCCAUUGUGCAGGCAGCUCUUCCUCAAGGGAUUGUACCAUUUGUUUUCGCCAGAGAGUAUGGGUUGCAUCCUGAUAUAUUGAGUACAGGGGUUAUCUUCGGGAUGUUAGUUUCCUUACCAGUAACCCUCCUCUAUUACAUAUUUUUAGGCCUGUGAAACUAAAAAUAUUGGAAAAUAUGUCACAGAGAGAGCUUAUGAUUUGACGUUCAAUAUUGGAAAAUAUAAUCUUUGCCUUGAAUUUCGCCUACGCCGACGAUGACGACGUCUACAUCCUGGAUUUAUUAGCCAUUAUACAACAAGUGAUUGAUUAGCAAGAUCGAAAAGUGGUAUCAGUGAAAGCAGACUGACUUGUAUGAUUUUGAAAAGUCAAAAGUGUUAUAAGUUUUAGAAAAUGACAGGAUGAAAUUGAUUGUAGAAAUGCAUGCUCAGGUCAGAGCUUAAUGUGAUGUAGUUAUUCUAGUACAUAGAGUAGUGGUGGCCGAAAGAAGAAAACAAAAAAAAAAAAAAGGGAAAAAUCAUGACUUAUGAUUAAGUUAGGAGACUUAUUUAUCUUGUUGUUGGAGGUGGGUAAAGUAAAGUUGCUACAACAAUAUAUAAAUAUGUAUGUUUGGACUCAAGAU